AAUGCACAUGUGUUUUACUGCACCAUUUCGUUAACCAUCCAGUUUCAUAUGAGUUUCGACUUUGUGGUAUAGAAUGGUUGAACCUCCGUCCAAGGUUAAGGUUUUGGAAACUCCUGAAGAUGUUCGUGAACGUCGGGAACAAGUCCUGUCUCGCUACUGUGCUUUCAAAGAGGCCACUCAGUACCGUCGUCAUAAGCUAGAGGAGGCUAAGAGGUACCAAUAUUUUAAGCGAGAUGCUGAUGAACUUGAGAGCUGGAUUAAUGAAAAGCUGCAAACCUAUGCAAAUGAGGAUUUCAAAGAAUUGAGUAACCUUCAGGCUAAAAAACAAAAACAUCAGGCUUUUGAGCUUGAAGUUACAGCUCAUGCAGAGACACUAUCGGCCCUCACUUCUGCAGGUGAGGAGAUGAUAGGACAAGGGCACUACGCUUCUGAGAUUAUCAAGAACCGGCUGGAUGAGUUACAUGCUCUAUGGGAAAGGUUAAUGUCUAUGUUCAGAGAAAAAUCGCGUCUCAUCAACCUCACUCUUAAGUUCGUCCAGUUUUUACGUCAAGUCGAUGAACUGCUUUUUUGGACACGCGAGAAAGAAGCUUACGUAACUUCCGAAGAUUUCGGCCAGGAUUUAGAGCACGUCGAAGCCCUACAGAAGAAGUUUGACGAGUUUAUGAAGGAUCUCGAAUUUCAAGAAAGUCGUGCAGAAGAUAUUUAUCUCAAAGCAGAUGAACUUUUAAAGGAGGAAUUUCCUGAAGAUAUAUUGGUAAUAGAGAAGUCACGUGAAGUUCGUGAGGCUCUCGAACGACUAAAAAAUCUGGCCAAAACGCGCCAAGACAAGCUUCUCGAGGCCUAUGAAAUACAACGUUUCUUCCGAGAUACAGACAAAGCUAUAUCAUGGGUAAAUGAAAAGUCUAUUCCUUUGUCUGUCGAAGAUUGUGGUCGCGACUUAGCUUCAGUUCAAGCACUGCAGAGAAAGCAUGACGCUUUAGAAAGAGAUCUAGCCGCUUUGGACGAAAAGAUAAUCCAACUGGGAGAUGAUGCUUCGGCUCUUGCACAGAAACAUCCAGACUCUAAAGAUACAAUACAGGGGAAAUACGAGGCUUUAAUUGCUGCUUGGGAAAAACUAAAGAAUCAGUUUGUGGAUAGAAAGAGCAAGCUAGAAGAGUCCUUUAAGAUGCACCGCUUUCUUGCUGAUUGGAAAGACUUAAGCAUAUGGGUAACAGACAUGAAAGGCUUGAUCUCCGCUGACGAUCUAGCAAAAGACGUGGCUGGCGCUGAAGCUCAGGUGGAACGUCAUAAAGAAUAUACUGCAGAAAUCAAUUCGCGAAACGAUAGUUUCGACACAUGCAUGUUAGAGGGUCAAGCUCUGAUCGAUGUUGGUCAUCCAUCCAGUGGGGAAAUCGCAGCAAAGCUUUCCAAUCUGGAAAGAGAUAAAGCCGCCCUUCUGGAUCUAUGUGAGGAGAGACGCGAGCAACUAGAACAAUGUAUGGGUCUUCAGUAUUUCUAUCGGGAUGCAGAACAAUCCGAGUCUUGGAUUGGAAAGCAAGAGGCGCUCUUAGAGAUCAAAGAUGUUGGUGAUUCCCUCGAUUCAGUGGAGGCACUCAUAAGAAAGCACGAAGAUUUUGAAAAAUCCUUGUUAGCUCAAGAAGAAAAGAUGCGUCAGCUUGACGAGUUCGCAAAUAAACUUAUAGAAACGAAUCACUACGCUGCUGCACAAGUCUCAGAUCUGCAACAUGCUUUGCAAGACAGACGAAAUUCCUUGAAAGAAAAAGCUCAAAACCGCCGGCUACGUCUUGAAGACUCUCACCGUUUUCAGAUGUUCGAUCGUGACGCUGAUGAAAUGCAGUCUUGGAUAUCAGAGAAAUUGAAAAGUGCCCUCGACGAAAGCUAUAAAGACUCAACUAAUUUGCAAACAAAAGUGCAAAAGCACCAAAACUUCGAAGCAGAAAUACAGGCGAAUCAGCCUCGUGUUGAAGAUAUCAAGAAAACCGGUCAGGAUUUGUUAAACACAAAUCAUUAUAGUUCAACAGAAAUUAAAUCGAAAAUUGACCAACUAGAUGAAACUUGGUCUCAUCUCGUAAAUGCUAUGGCUAACAAAAAGAAAAAUUUAGAUCAAGCUAGCAGACAACAACAAUUCGUUCGCAAUGUCGAAGAUGUCGAGUUGUGGUUAGAUGAUGUUGAAGCUCAAAUCGCAUCUGAAGAUGUCGGUCGAGACCUUAAUGGGGUAAUGAAUGCACAGAAAAGACUCAACUUGCUGGAGUCUGAUGUUGCUGCACACCGUGAGCGCAUAGAAGCAUUUAAAGUUCAAGCCGACACAUUUGCUGCUGAGGGUCACUUUGAUGCUCCUAUAAUCCAGGAAAAACAGCGGCAGUUGUCCCAACGCUACCACGAUUUGCAGAAACCAUUAAACCAACGUCGUGAAAAGUUGGCAGAUGCUUACAAGUUGCACCAGUUGUUUAGGGAUAUUGAGGACGAGGAAGAUUGGAUUCGCGAAAAGGAGCCAGUUGCGGGUUCCACUAAUGUAGGUCGUGAUUUGAUAGGUGUGCAAAAUUUAAUCAAAAAACAUCAAGCGAUAUAUGCAGAAAUAAAUGGUCACUCACCACGCAUUGAGGAGGUUGUUCAAGAAGGUCAGGCUAUGAUACACGCUAACCAUUAUGCAGCUAAUGACAUUGAGAGACGUAUAACCGACUUAACUACUGACUGGUCUCAACUUUGCGAGAAAGCAGACCGUCGACGACAGCUGUUAGAAGAUUCAUUGCAGGCCCAACAAUACUUUGCUGAUGCGAGCGAAGCCGAAAGUUGGAUGCGAGAAAAAGAACCACUGGUCGGUUCGUCGGAAUUCGGUCGAGAUGAAGAUUCUACGGAGGCACUCCUAAAGAAACACAACGCUCUGCUUGCAGAUAUUGAGGCAUAUGGUUCAACUAUUGAAGCUCUCGGUAUCCAAGCCAGUAGUUGCCGAAUGCAGGAGGCCCCUGUAAGUGAUCUACUCGGUAAAGAUGUGGUAAUGGCUUUAUAUGACUAUCAAGAAAAGUCUCCUAGAGAGGUCUCAAUGCGGAAAGGAGAUAUUUUAACGUUAUUAGCUAGUAACCACAAAGACUGGUGGAAAGUUGAGGUGAAUGACCGUCAAGGGUUUGUCCCUGCAGCAUAUGUCAAGAAAGUUGAGGCUCCUGUUUCUGACACCCAAGGUGGUUUAGAAACUAAACCGCUUACUGUAGCAUCGCAACAGCAACGUCUGGAGGGACAAUAUAAUUAUCUUCUUCAGCUGGGUCGUGAUCGUCGAGAGAGGCUACAGGAUUCUGUUGAAGCCUAUCAACUAGUUAGAGAAGCUAACGAUUUACAUCAAUGGGUAGUCGAAAAAGAACUAGUUGCUGUAACAGAAACUAUCGUUCCUGGAAGACUAGAGGAAGUAGAAUCAGAAAAGAAGAAGGUAGAUGAGUUCGUUAUGGAACAAAAGGAGAGAGAAGCUAGAGUAACAGAAUUGUGCGCAAAAGCAGACAAACUAAAACGAGGUGGUCAGACUGAGGCUGUUGAAAAAAUAGAGGGUAUUAUCAUGCAACUCCAAAAGAAAUAUGAACAAUUAGAGGAAGUGACCGCCAAAAAAGCUAAAGAACUGGAAGAUAUCGAUGCCGUUCAACGCUAUCAUAGGGAAUGUGAUGAAGCCAAGGAAUGGAUCGAAGAGAAGGAGAACAGAUUACUAACAGAUGAUGUGGGCAAUGACUUCACAUCUGUUCAGCGUUUAAUACGCAAACACGAUGCAUUAGAAAGGGAUUUGGUAGCCUUGGGAGAGAGGGUUAAGCAGUUAGAUUCGAAAGCCGCUGAUUUGGUACAAAUUCAUCCUCAGGAUGCGGAAGCUAUAUUCACACAUCAGGAGGAAAUUAACCAUUUGUGGGAUGGUCUAGCGGCUACUGCUGAAAAACGAAAGGCCAAACUCUUAGAUUCUUUAGAUCUUCAAAAGUUCCUCGCUGAUGCAAGAGAUCUUCAGUCUUGGAUUAGUACAAUGAAUGGUUUGGUAUCGUCAAAACAAGUGGGUACGUAUGUUACAAGUGCAGAAUCGUUGUUAGAUAGUCACCGUGAAUAUCGCACAGAAAUUGAUACUCGCGCCCCAGCUUUUCAAAACUUCGAAUCCUUUGGUAAAGAGUUACUUGACAAUGGACAUUAUGCUUCGGAGGUCGUACAACAAAAACUUCAAGAAAUUACAGAAGCAAGAGAAGCGCUGAAUGUAGCUUGGUUAAAUCGACACAAACUACUGGAACAAAAUUUAGAAGAACAGCUAUUUUUGCGUGAUUGUGAACAAGCUGAGGAUUGGAUGGCUAUUCGAGAAGCAUCUUUAGCUGGUGAUGAUGUUGAUGGAAACAAAGUUGAUGCAUUGAUAAAGAAACAUGAAGAUUUCAACCGUGCAAUCACCCUGCAGGAAGUUAAGAUCCAGUCCUUGAUGGCAAAUGCUGAUAAGCUUCUGGAAGCUGAUCAUUAUGAUGCAAAUGCAAUUGAAGCUAAGCGUGGUGAAGUUUUAAAUCGUUGGACUCACUUGAAAAACGCUAUGAUUGAUAAUCGUAGCAGGUUAGGAGACGUUCAAACGCUUCAGGCCUUCAUUCGAGAUGCUGAUGAAAUGGAGUUAUGGAUAAACGAAAAAAUGCAAUUUACGAUGGAUGAACCCUAUAAAGAUCCCACAACAAAUAUUCAGGCUAAACAUCAGAAGCACCAGGCUUUUGAAGCAGAGCUCGCCGCCAAUGCAGAACGUCUUCAAGGGAUUUUGGCAGCUGGACAACGUUUAAAACAGAAGAAUCAAUGUAUGGGACAGGAAAGUGCUGUUGAAGAACGUAUCGCCAAGCUUGCUAACCAGUGGGACAACCUUGUUAAUCGAUCUCAUGAAAAAUCCGAAAAGUUACAGGAGGCCAAUCGCCAAGCUGCAUAUAAUGCUGGUAUUAAAGAUAUUGAAUUUUGGUUAGGUGAAAUGGAAACGUCACUCGUUAGUCCCGAUCAUGGAAGAGAUUCGGCAUCUGUUGACAGCCUUCUAUCAAAGCAUCAGGUACUUGUUACUGAUAUCCGUGCCCAUGAAGAUCGUAUUAAGGAAUUAGAUGCACGCGCAGACGAGUUUAUUAAGUCCGGUGCUUGGGAUGCUGAUAUGGUUCGUGAGCGCAAGAAAAUGAUUAAUGAACGGUAUGAAAAGAUCCUGGCCAUGUCGGAAAAUCGCGCUGUAACGCUUGGGAAGGCUAAGCGUUUGCAUGAUUUUUAUCGCAAUAUUGACGAUGAAGAAGCUUGGAUCCGUGAAAAAAAGAUUUUGGUUAGUUCAGAAGAUUAUGGACGUGAUCUUAUUGGAGUACGCAAUCUACGCAAAAAGCAUGAACGAAUUGAAAACGAGGUAGCGGCUCAUGAUCCCUUCAUCAAACAAGUUAUCGCACAAGGAGAGGAACUCACUCUGGGUGUUCAACUUGCUGAUCCUGAGGAAAUAAAAAAAAGAAUCCAGCGUCUACAAACAGCUUGGGAAGAACUACAGGGUCUAACAGCACUUCGACGGCAGAAAUUAGAAGAGUCAUUGGCAUACCAAGAUUUUAUCGAUGGAGUAGAAGAAGAGGAGGCUUGGAUCCUUGAGAAACAACACUUGCUUAGUAGUGAGGAUUACGGCGAUACUCUUGCUGCUGUUCAGGGCCUUUUGAAAAAGCAUGAUGCCUUCGAUACAGAUCUUAAUAUACAUAAUGAAAAAUGUAAAGAACUUUGUUUAACUGGAUCUGAGUUGGUGCAAUCUGAAAAUCACAAUCGUUUGUCUAUUCAGCAACGAUGUGAAGGCUUAAUAGAAAAGUUGAAUGCACUUAAUCAGGCUGCCCAACGUCGCAAAACGAAUCUCACUGACAACUCAGCAUUCUUACAGUUUAUGUGGAGAACAGAUGUUGUUGAAUCUUGGAUAGCUGACCGAGAAACUCAAGUACGUAGUGAUGAUUAUGGGCGAGAUUUAAGCAGUGUUCAAAUUUUGUUGGCAAAACACGCAACUUUUGACACAGCAUUAGAAUCUUUCCAUACGGAAGGGAUUCAAACGAUUACUGAACUUCACGACCGCCUUAUCACAGCAAAGCACAAUCAGAGUCCAGCCAUUAAACAACGUUUUACCUCGUUAAUGGAUCGUUGGGAACGUUUACGUCGGGAAUCUGCCCGCCGUAAAGCUGAUCUUAUUCAGCUACAAGAACAAUAUCGCAAGGUAGAGGAACUUUACUUGGCAUUCGCUAAACGGGCGUCAACCUUUAACUCUUGGUUCGAAAAUGCUGAAGAAGACUUAACUGACCCCGUGCGAUGUAAUUCGUUGGAUGAAGUCCAUGCACUGUGUGAAGCCCAAGAACAAUUCAAAGCAUCUCUCAAAGCUGCAGAGGCUGAUUUCCAACAGUUAGCACAAUUAGAUCGUGAAAUUAAAAGCUAUGGCGUUGGCAUGAAUCCGUACACUUGGUUUACAAUGGAGUCGCUUGUGGAAACUUGGCGCAAUCUGCAGAAGAUCAUUUUAGAAAGAGAUGCUGAACUCCGACGCGAAACGGUUCGACAAGAACAGAAUGAUCAACUUCGCCAACAAUUUGCAGUAGCAGCUAAUUCUUUCCAUCAAUGGCUACAGAAAGUCCGAACAUCGAUGAUGGAAGGUAGUGGAACUCUAGAAGAACAGCUAGAAGGUAUUCGAGAGAAGUCUUUAGAAGUAAGAGCCCGGAAAAAUGAUUUGCGAGAGGUUGAAAAACUGGGAACUUUGCUUGAAGAACACCUCAUUCUGGAUAAUCGAUACACAGAACAUAGCACUGUCGGUUUGAGUCAAGCUUGGGAUCAGUUAGAUCAGCUUGCGAUGCGUAUGCAACACAAUUUAGAACAACAAAUCCAAGCUAGAAAUGUUAGUGGAGUAAGUGAAGAAGCACUUCGCGAGUUCUCUAUGAUGUUCAAACAUUUUGAUAAAGAUAAAUCUGGGCGUUUAGAUCAUCGCGAAUUUAAAUCGUGUUUGCGUGCACUGGGCCACGAUUUGCACGAAGUUGGAGAAGGUCAAGUAGAUGCUGAGUUUGAAUCCAUAUUAAACGUGGUGGAUCCUAAUCGUGACGGUUACAUAACACUUCAAGAAUUUAUGGCAUUCAUGAUUAGUAAAGAAACUGAGAAUGUUCAGUCCCGUGAUGAAGUAGAGGAAGCAUUCCGUGCAUUAACUAAAGAAGGAAAAGAAUAUAUCACCAAAGAAGAACUGUAUGCGAACUUAUCCAAAGAGCAAGCGGAAUAUUGCAGUCGAGUAAUGCCUCCAUACUACACUAAAAGUGGUCAGGCAAUUUUGGAUGCCUACGAUUAUCAGGCCUUUACACGACAACUUUUUGUUAGCUAGUUACCACAAGCUUUGUUUCGUGACAUAACUUUGUUAGCCUCAUUUUCGCUUACUCAGUGGUGCACUUUCGCUUUAUUUCGCCUUAGUUGCAACUGUUUUUGAUUUUAAUCUAAUUACUAAUUUCAUGUUGUGGCGUACUUUCUGUAGUUUUCUGGAACCUCCUUAUAUCAUAUUUAACGCACUUCAUACCCUUGUGAAAUGUUCCGUUUACUUAUGAUCAAAAUUCAUUGUCUGGUUGGUCACCACUCCCACCUACAUUUAAUUUUCUCAGUUUUCACAAUAAACAAUUAAAUCAUGAGUCUAUUUCGUGUUAUUUCUUUUCGACUCAUUAAAUUAUCAGCAAUUUUAAGGCUUUAAAACAAUCUUUCUAACUAUAUUGUUUUCUUAUGAUUGUAUUAGACUAUCAUAUAUUUCACUAAUCAAGAACUGCAUUUUUAUUACCGCGCACCGCAUCAUAGAAAGAUAUCAUCUAGCGAAGUAGUUCAUCGUAACUUAAUAUCCUAUUUGAAGAAAAAAACUUUAUUUUCUAA